AUGGAACUCUGUAUGCACAUGGCUUGGCAACUCACUCUCAAUGAGAUCAACCAGGGUUGCAAUAAGAAUGUCGUGAUGUCUCCAAUCUCAAUCGGCAACGCAUUGAAUUUGUUGACUUUUGCUUCUAUGGGUCGUACCUUGGAGCAAUUGAUGUGGUUCCUUGGAGCAAAGGACUUGAACGAUCUCAAAGCCAAGUCCUUGCUAAUGAUUGAUGCUGGAGCACCCAUUGAGAACAACAAUCAAGGACUGUUUCUCUCUUCUCUUAAUACCCUUUGGACUAAUCAACCUUUCUCUCUCAAACCCUCUUUCAAGGAGUUUGCCAAAACCGUUUUCAAAGCAGAAGCCCACACUCUUGACUUUGUUAAUCAGGCGGAAAUAGCAAGGAAUGAAGUGAAUUUAUGGGCAAAUAAUGCGACGAAAGGGCUCAUAAAAGAGCUUCUCCCACAUAACGCCAUUAAUAAAGAAACAAUAUUCAUCCUAGCGAGUGCACUUUAUUUCAAGGGAGCUUGGUUAAAUGCUUUUGAUAUGAAUAGGACUCAACAUAAAGAUUUUUAUCCCCUUGAUGGUAAACCAAUUCGGGUUCCUUUCAUGAUUGCAAAAACAAAGGAGAAACAUUUUUAUGGAUCAUUCAAAAGUUUUAAGGUUCUUAAAAUUCCAUAUCGAAAAGGACAAGAUAAAAGAAUUUUCUCCAUGUAUGUCAUUCUUCCUAACAAGAAAGAUGGAUUACAAGAUGGACAAAGAUUGACAUUACCUUUUGAGAUGGUUGGAGACUUCAAAGGAAUGGGUGAUUCUCUUGAAAGUGAAAAAGUAUUUGUUUCCAAAAUAUUACACGGGUCUUUUAUUGAAGUUAAUGAGGAAGGUACUGAGGCAAUGUAUUUUACUAUUUUUGAUCUUCCUGCAACUUGUUCACGAUAUGAACCUCCUCCACUUCCCAGUUUUGUGGCAGACCAUCCGUUCAUAUUCAUGAUUAGAGAAGAGAUAUCUGGGGUCGUGUUCUUCGUUGGAGUUAUUCUUAACCCGCUUUAUGAUUAAUUGAUAUUUGUUUAUGU